CUUGUAUUUUUUAAUUUAUAACCGGGAGGUGUACACAAACCAACUCGACCUUGAGUACUGCGAGGGCCGUUCGGAUACGAUGACACGAGGGCGACAUAAUGUCGUACUCGAAAUGGCUUCACAAGGGAUGUACACUGUACAGACUAGGCAUCUAGGCUAAUUAUAAAUCUAUGUGUAAAACCUUUUACGCUAAGGUCAUUUUUCCUGCACUGUGCUUGUUAUUUGCCUGCUAAAUUUAAUUAAUAUAGUUCGUGUCAUCCACGAUGACGCGUAGAUUUGUCAAAUUUAGCCUUUAAUAACACGACAAUACAAGACAAGGCAUGCGUCUUCGUGAAUGACACGAUCAAUACUUGCAUAUUAAAUAAUGUAUCCACGUACGUUAUUUGUGGUAGAAAUCCCAGAUUGCAUAUAGGUAGGACUAAAGAUAUAUUUUCCUCUUAUACCUCUAUUUAAAGGCCAGUUUGUAAUCAUAUUAUUAAGUUAUUAUGCAACAAUUUGAUCAGUAAGUCAUUGGUCAAUUAAAAUAAUAUAUUUGUGGUAUUUGCUGCAUAAACUAAGGAGUUAUGAUGUGUGCGGUUUUGCUCCUGAGCGUAGCGGCGGCGGGAGUCUUUAGCUUCGACAGCUAUAACUUGGUGCGGCAGGAAUGGGAGACUUUUAAGCUGGAGCACAAAAAGCAGUAUACAUCAUUGGAAGAAGAAAGAGAACGCAUGAAGAUAUACGUGGAUAAUAAAUUCAAGGUGGCCCAGCACAACAAGGCCCACGCUCACGGGCUCACGUCGUUCACGCUCGCGCUCAACGAGUUCUCCGACCGCUACCCAGAGGAAAUACAGCGCAUGCGCGGCUACAAACGUAAAACGAGUCGUCCUGCUAAGGCCUUGCAGCAUCACAUGCCCUCCAUGAAUCUACCGCUGACCAUGAAUUGGGUUUCCAAGGGUGCCGUAACGGGGGUCAAGAACCAAGGUGCUUGCGGCUCCUGCUGGGCAUUUAGUGCCACUGGUGCUCUUGAGGGGCAGUAUUUCCGGAAAAUAGGACGAUUGGUUUCACUAUCCGAACAGAACCUUCUUGAUUGUUCGGAAUUCUACGGCAAUGAUGACGGCUGUGUUAACGGCGGUAUCGUGGAUUUUGCCUUUUCGUACGUUGCGGGCAAUGGCGGUAUUAAUAUGGAGCAAUUCUACCCCUACAAAGGAGUUCAAGGCUUGUGCAGGUAUAACCCUAAAUACUCUAGUAACAUGACCGUCGAAGGCUUCAAGGAUCUGCCUUACGCUGACGAAAAGUCUCUCCAAAGUGCGGUGGCAAACAUAGGGCCGAUAUCCAUCGGUAUAGACGCCAGUCAAAAUAGUUUCGAACUCUACGAAGACGGGGUGUACUUCGAAAGGAGCUGCUCUUCUGAGGAUCUGGAUCACUCGGUGCUGGUGGUGGGGUACGGCACGGAGCAGCCGGGCGGCGACUAUUGGCUGGUCAAGAACUCGUGGGGCAAAACAUGGGGCAAGAAGGGCUACAUGAAGCUGGCGCGCAACCGCGGUAACCACUGCGGCGUCGCGACCGAGCCUACUUAUCCAUUGCUCUAAUUCACUUUAUAACGGUUACUAUCAUUUUAUUUGAUUUUUAUUUCGUUUAUUGCAGAACCAUGGUUACAUUAAGGACAUUAAGGUGUUAACAUGUAUGGUUACCCUGUCAGGGCAUAGCAACAUUAUUGAUAUUCUUAAAAAUAAAUACAUAGUAAAACACAAAAUAGCAUUUACGUAAUACUAGGAAAUUCUUACAAUUAAAAUAAAGCAAUAAUACUAUAAUUAUUAAACAUGUCAUAAAUAUUAGUUCUAGUCACAAAUCCAGAUUCAAGUAAUAACGAGAAAUAACCAUAAUACAUACAUUAAAUUGAAAUUCAUUAAUAAUUAAAUUCAUAAAGAACUCAUAGGGCACAAGCUGGAGUAUGAAGCGCUACUUUGAAGUCAGCGCGCAAGUUCUUUAUUCUUUAUUCAUUCAUAACAAUAAAAUAUUGUGUUGAACAUAGCUUAAAAUUAAAAAUAAAACAUUACAUUAUAUUAAAGAAAUUAAAGCUUAAUUAGUGAUCCUAAGAUGAUGAUAUUAAUUAAAAGUAUUGAAGAAUAUAUGUAUAAUGUGCGGCAAACACUGCGCUGCGGCGCCGUCAAAAGUGCCUCGUAUUCGUUUCUCGAACACCUUUAAAAUGGACACCGUGAUCAACAACAAAUGAGACAUAACACAAGCCUCUCCGCACCAAGCACUGCGACGUGUCGCCUCCGCACCAAGCACUGCGACGUGUCGCCUCCGCACCAAGCACUGCGACGUGUCGCCUCCGCAC